AAUGAAAUUCCACCUUUAAUUUAAGACCAAAGAGAAGAUUAGAUUUGUUUGUGCGUGUUUUAAAUUUAUUUUCAAGCAAGAGAACAAAUAUUUUUUAAGAAAGCACUGUGCUUUUACACAUCUCUGAAGAAAUUUCAAACAGUGAAAUAUUAUUAUAUAUUUGCAACAUGAGACGUUCACCCAGGGAACGUAAAGAUUGUUUGAAACUUGCAUUACAGCGAACAUUAGUUUUACAGAAUGUAAUCAAUAAAUCUACCGUAAAUAAGCUAAAUGAAGUUAUAAAUGAAGCUGACAUUGUUGCUAAUGAGACAAAUAUACAAGAGAAAGCUGUUAAUCAGCAGGAAGUACUUAUGGAUUCACAAAUGAUGAUAUCAUCUUCCAAAGUCUUGAAAACUUGUACCAUCUCUCUGACAAAAAAAAUGAACGACUAUGAUUGCAUUGACUUUGCACAAAAAUUGGUGAAAUAUGUACAAGGAAUGUCAGACAAUUCAGAAUUACCACCAGAUUGGUCGCUAUUAGAGCCACAAGUAACAACAUUGUUUAAAAGAGUGCCUAAUUGCAAUACACUCUUAGGUACAUUAGAGCCUUUAGAGAAGAAAGUUUUAGUUAGGAAAAAGCCUGAACAAAGAGUAGCACAGCAAGCUGCAAUGAUAGUACCUGAGAAAGUGGUGCAAGCUGCAAAUAUCAAGGAUGAAGACAGUGUGGAACGAACUGUGAGGAAGAUUAGAAAAUUAAUUGUAACUUAUUAUAGAGAAACACAAAAACCGCUUGAUUUUUUCAAAUUAAUUCUACAUCCACGAGAUUUUGGAAGGACUGUCAGAAAUAUGUUGUACAUAUCAUUUCUCGUGAAAGAUGGAAUUGUGACACUGAGAAAAGAUACUAAUGGAAACCUUGUUGUACAACCAUGUCAUAAAGAAAAAAAUUUGCAAAGAAACGAUACUAGAACAGGCAUUCAAAAUGUAAUUUCCUUAAACAUGAAGCAAUGGAUGAUAUUAACAAACAUGCACAAAUUGAAGAAACCAAUGAUUGAUUUUGAUGAAGAUAAGUGAUGCUAUUUAUAGAUUAACGCAUUUUUUGUCAGCCUAAGAGCCUCGAGACGCAUAUAUAAUUUAUCUUGUUAUUUUAUAUUUACAGAAUAUUGCAUUAAGUGUAUUGCCAGUUAUGCUAUAUUAAAGAAAAGAAUAAUUUUUUGGUAGUAUUACAAUAGUCU